CAAAUGGUGCUAGAAUCGCAGUGAAGCUAUGAGAACUUUAAAAUCCUCUGGUUUGGCUCACGAAACCUGUUUUUUGGCUAAAGAUUAAUCUUUAUGUUUCGUUUCAGCCUCAAAUAGCGCUUACCUGAAGUGUGUGGUUGGACUCGGUGAAUCUGAGGAGACUCUGAGGUUUGUUUUGGUGAGUUUGGUGAAAGAUUGAGACCCUAAAUGUCCCAAGUCAUCGCCCUCACUGCACUGGUGAUCAGCGUGUCCGCGGGGGCUUCAGGGUUUUGGGAGCCUGUUCAGAGCUGCCGUAAAGACCGGAGUGCAUAUUCUCAACCCAAGUGGACCUGCAGUGCUCCACCACCCCUUAAAAUUACAGCCUGCAGACUGUUAGAUUCUCUCCCCCUUGAUGAAGUGAAGGACAACUUUGUUCGCACUGUGAAGAGAUGUAUAUUUUCCCAGUGUCAGCCCACUCCGCUCAAGGGGGCAGUUCAUCUUGCUGCCAUAUCAAAGGAUGUGUUGGAGGAUAUUUUGGACCUGGAUGAGUCUGUGAUGCAUAGUAAAGAUUUUGUUCAGUUCCUAAGUGGAGCGAGGCUUUUUCCUGGCUCUAUUCCACUGGCUCACAGAUACGGAGGCCAUCAGUUUGGCCACUGGGCAGGACAACUAGGAGAUGGCAGAGCACAUCUUCUGGGCGAAUACACAAACAGGAAAGGUGAGAGAUGGGAGCUUCAACUGAAAGGCUCAGGAAAGACACCAUACUCAAGGUCUGGAGAUGGGCGUGCUGUGCUUCGCUCGUCAGUUAGGGAGUUCCUGUGCAGUGAGGCAAUGCACUUCCUUAAUGUUCCCACCAGCAGAGCACUGAGCCUCGUAGUGAGUGAGGAGGCCGUGUGGAGGGAUCGGAUUUAUAACGGCAGUGUGAAGAGAGAGAGAGGAGCUGUUGUACUUCGUCUGGCUCCAUCAUGGUUCCGGAUAGGUUCUCUGGAGAUUUUAGCCAAAGCUGGAGAGUUGGAUGUCCUGAGGACUCUCCUAAACUUUGUAAUUGAGCAGCAUUUUGCAGUUAUCAAACCAAGUGACCCUAAUAAGUAUGUGGCCUUUUUCUCAGUUGUGGUGAAUGAAACCGCACACAUGAUCGCCAAGUGGAUGUCUGUCGGUUUUGCGCAUGGGGUGUGCAACACGGACAACUUCAGUCUUUUGUCCAUCACCAUUGAUUAUGGCCCUUUUGGAUUUAUGGAGACAUAUAACCCGAACUUUGUGCCCAACUCAUCUGAUGAUGAAGGACGGUACAGUAUAGGAGCCCAAGCUAAUGUUGGCCUAUUUAAUCUCCAGAAGCUUCUAGAAGCUCUCCACCCAGUGCUGUCAUCAGAUCAGAGAGAACAGGCUGAACAAAUACUGAGGGAAUAUCCACAAAUCUACCGCAGAAGGUUUCAUGAGUUGUUCAAAGGAAAAUUAGGCCUCCUUGGAGAUGAAGAUGAUGAUGUAUAUCUGAUCGCAUUUCUGCUAAAGCUAAUGGAGGACUCGGGUGCAGAUUUCACCAUGACUUUCAGGCAGCUGAGUGAAGUGACUCUACUUCAGCUCCAGAACAGCUCCAUCACUCAGGCGAUGUGGGCUCUCUGGGACCUUUCCUCUCAUGAGCAUUUCUGGGACUGGGUCAGUUUGUAUUUACAGAGGCUUAGAAGUCAGAGUGGUGAUUCAGAUGAAUAUCGACAGUGCAGGAUGAGGGCUGCUAAUCCAUGGUACGUGUUACGGAACUGGAUGGCAGAGUCCGCUAUUAGGAAAGCAGAGAACAACGACUUCUCUGAGGUGGAGCUGUUGCAGCAGAUUCUGACUAAGCCCUUUGUGAAGCAGGAGCAGGCUGAGAGUGCCGGAUACGCCAGCAGACCUCCAGCAUGGGCUUCAGAACUGAGCGUUAGCUGUUCUUCCUGACCUAUCGUACCACACACACACACACACACACACACACACACACACUAAUCUGCUAAAUGCUGCUAAAGAGCUUUACUAAACACUCUUAUAUACUAGACUUUUAUAAGAGGAAGACACAGUUCUCUGGUAAUAGCUUAGAUAGAAUUGCUCAUGAUGCUCAACAUGGCACUGGUGUUAUGGGACAUCCCACCUUUCAGUCAUAUACUUACAUUAACACAAGAGCACAUGUUCUUGCAACAUCUUACUUAUAGGAACAAAUGUAAAGGAGGUUUCAACCAUAGGAACAGCCGUAAAGAAGGUUGAAACCAUAGAAACAGCCGUAAAGAAGACUAAAACCAUAGGAGCAGCCAUAAAGAAGGUUGAAACCAUAGGAACAGCCGUAAAGAAGGUUGAAACCGUAGAAGCCUUCAUAAAGAAGAAGUGCUAGAAAUAGUCGUAAGGAAAGCUGAAACCAUACAAACAACUGUAAAGAAAGUUGAAUCAAUAGAAACAGCUGUAAAACAGACCACAUAAUCCAAAUUAACGCUUAAUCUCUAGCAAUGGCCAUAAGGAAUGUUGAAACCAUAGAAACAAUCAUAAAUAAGGUUAAAACCAUAGUAACACAAUUAAGAACAAUGAAACAGACCUAAAGAAGGUUGAUACCUUUAUGUGAAAUGGCCAUAAAGAACACUGAAACUGAGCUAUUAAAACAGUCCAAAAAAGCAUUGAAUCCAUAGAAACAGUCAUAAGGAACACUGAAACUAUAGAAACUUCUGUAAAGAAAGUUGAAACCAUAGAAACAGCAGAGAGGAAGGCUGAAACCAUAGAGACAAAUGCAGAAAAGGAUGAAACCACAGAAACAGCCGUAAAGAAAGUUGAAAGCGUAGAAACAGCCAUACGGAAUGUUCGAAUCGUAGAAACAGUCAUAAUAAGGAUGGAAACCAUAGAAACAGCUGUAAAGAACAAUGAACCUAUAGAAAAUUACCAUAAGGAAGGUUGAAACCAUAGAAACGGCCAUGAAGAAUGUUCACAAAAUAGGUCCUGUUUUGUGACGAUACAAACAUGUGAAGUGGCUGGACCAGCUAAAAAAAUGUUUUGUGUUAUUCCAGCCAAAGGUGACAAAUUUAUUCAUCUCUCGUCAGAUUUGGCCAGAGAUUUUUUAAAUGGGAGCUCGACUGUCAGUUUGGGAUUUGUAGGUUCCUCUUUCUCACAUAGUACAUAGGACAUUGGUGAUAUGGGACUGGAAAUAACUGCCCAGAGGCCACAGAUUGAACUGACUAAGCUACGAAGACUGACUGGAGCAUCCUGCAUGGUUUACUUUAGGUCCUCACUCACUGUAGUAUUCAGCAGUCAGAUAGCAGGGCUGUAGAGAUAUAGAUUUGUGCACAGUUGAAAUCCAGUUGUAAUUAUUUAUUGUAGUAAAAGAUUCCAUGUUUAAUGCAUUAAAAUGUAUUCAAGAAUG